AUGCCUUCCGAUGGCAAGCUUCCUCGGUAUCUAUACGCGCGCCGUCUCCUUAUCCGCACAGUGCAGAUCUCUCAACUCGCUGCACGAGCCCUCCUAGUCGGAUUCACCUGGCUCGCUCUGUUGCCCUACAUCAACAUCACCGUCUGGCGUUUCAUGUUUUGGUCCAUCGAUGUGGCUACGUGGAUGGGCGUGCCUGGUUCUGUUCAUCCCUGGGACAUACAAGUGCCACCAGCAGCCAACAAUUCGCCCUCCCACUCCUUGGACGCACAAAAUGCUACCGCCAUCCCAACUGCUUCUUCUGGCUCUCUUGGUCGGUCCCGCAACGGCGCGGCGUUGGCGCCGACGCCCGUCUCGCUCGCCAGCGCCAAGCUAGCCCUGAGCUCAUUUACUGAAAAGCUCACUCACGAUAUCUUUCAUGGUCAGAUCCUCAGCUGCGUCAUAGUCGUCUUUUUCGUCGGCGUCUUUCUUCUGCGCGAAUGGAUCCUUCAAAACAUGCCCCAGAACUUCGACGUCCAGCAGCCCAACGUCGAUGGCGUCCAGCCGCUCCAGCCAUUCGCAGAGGCAGCUGCUGUGCCACCAUUGGCACCAGAGCAGAGACAGGCACAGAUCCGUGCCGAUUUCGAGCAGAGGCGCGACCAACUCGAACGUCUGCUCGCCAGGCUUCCGGAGCUCGAGACAGAGGAGCCAGAGCAAGAGCAGGAUGGUGAGCAGGAGGUGGACCACGACCGCGUUCAUGAGCUCGACCUCGAACUCGAUCCAGCGACGCAGAGGGAGCAGGCAAGGCAGGCUCGCAUUCGUCGACUCGAGCGAAAUGUUUUGCCACAAUAUGAAUCGCCUCUACACCACGACACAGUUUCCGUGGACGAGGCUCGGGAUCGUGACGAUGCGAUACCACCACCCGACCGUGGAGCCGAUGUGGAUGGAAGCGGAGCACCGCCACAGCCUCUACAAUCGAGUGGGUCCUCUACACAAAACCUGCAAGACGCCCUUGGCUGGUCAGAAAACGGAGCGCGGCUGCAGCAUAACUACGAGUCGAUUGAUACUAUACCGGAAUCUUCGACGCAUCUGCAUUUGCAAGCUGGAUCAAGCAACAAAGUUGUCGAGGCGCACCACGAUCGGUCAGACCUCCCUCAGGCGGAAGAUCAAGGUGCAUCAUCUUCGAGAUCGAUUAUCGAGCCAGUUUCGUCAGCAGACCCUGCCACCAGCCCGUCCAGCUCUGCACCAGCUCAAGACUCCGCAGCACUUGAAGCCGCUCAGGCACCCAUCGAAACUGACACAGAACUCGCGACGAGGGAGGCGCCACUUGUUGAACCUAUCGGAGGUCAAGACGACGAUGAAGCUUGGGAGGACGAAUCCGACGGCGACGACCGUGCCGCUCCUCACCAGCUCGAUCCGACCGACGAAGCGGCGCUCCGGGCAGCAGCAGCCGCUGCCUUCCCUCCGCCCAUCGCACACCCCAUCGCCGACGACGACAUCGACAUUGUGGCAGCCGAAGCCGAAGACCCUGAAGCAGAGAUCGGGCUGGCAGAGGAGAUGGACGGCAUCCUCGAAGCAGUGGGCAUGCGUGGUCCGCUCUUUGGUAUUGUGCAGAACUUGUUCCUCAUGAUCUUCCUCUGUGGUUUCGUCAUGCUGGCUUUCGUCAUGGCGCCGUACAUCGUUGGAAGGGCGCUUGGCUCGGGUCCGGGCUUGGUCAAGUUGCUGGCACUGCCCGUCAAGUUGUUGCGGUACAUCACGGAUCCGGUGUUUGACUCUUUGAUCGCACUGGGCGCCAACAGUGUCUGGCCCAAACUCGCUGCAGCAAUAGGUCUGGAUGCAUCUGGCUCGCAAGGAGCAGGUACACUUGCCGCCGAGGCUGCUUCGUCCUCGACACCCGUCGCUGGCUGGGUUCAAAGGUAUCUGCCUUCGAUCCUCGCUCCAACAAUUGGCAGCAGCAGCGAAGCCAUGAUUUCUCCCAUCGCUGACAAAACGAGCGCCACUGCCGCAAUGCUGUUUCGCCUUCUACCCGCCAGCGUGACUGCCUCGUCGCAGUGGAAAGCUGCUAGCGACGCUUUCGAUAUGGCGCUGGCCACGGGAUUCCGAGGCUCGCUCGAACGCAUAGCCGACUACAUUACCGCCUUGUUCGUCCGGCUCGACGCCCAUCGCAACGGCACCACGAGCACCGAUCGAGCGUUCUGCGUCGCUUUCGGCCACGCGUACUGGCUGCUCAUCCUGUUUAUCUAUCAGCACUUUUCCAAACCGGAUCUGCAGCGUGCAGUGGCCGAGCAGUCGGCGCUGAAGAUGUACAUGGACCAGCAUGUGCUCAUUCUCAAAGCGGUCACGUUUAUAUUUAUCGAGCUCAUCGUCUUCCCCUUGGGAUGCGGGUUGCUCUUUGACAUUUGCACCAUGCCGCUGCUCGCCGACGGCUCGAUCGCUCAGUGGCCCGCCAAGGUCCGCGCGGCUCCGUUGUCGUUUGCAUUCUUGCGCUGGAUGGGCGGUACCAUCUACAUGUUUGUCUUUGCGCAGUACGUGAGCGCGACGCGCAAGGUGCUCAGGCCUGGCGUGCUGUGCUGGAUUCGCGAUCCGAACGAUCCGAGCUUUCACCCGAUUCGCGAGAUCCUGGACAAAAAGAGUCUUACGCAGCUCCGCAAGAUCGGCGCGUCCGCCGUCAUGUAUGCUGCCAUCCUCGUGGCUAGCAUGGGGGUAAACACGUACUUUAUGCGUUAUGCGAUGGGGUGGAGCGGGCUGUUGCCGUUGCGAUGGAGGCCGUUUGAUCCGUGGACCGAGGUUCCGGUGGAUUUGCUGAUGGUGCACUUUGCUGUGCCGUGGGCGACGCAGCGGAUCGAUCCAGAGAAGGUCGCCGAGGCGUGGCUCACGGCGUGGUGGAAGGGCGCGUCGCGCGCUCUGAGGCUCAGCAGUUACAUGAUGGGAGGCGAAUUCCCGGAGGAGCAACGGCGACCCAAGGGAAACGCGAUCCUGGCUGCCUGGAAUGCGCUGUUGCGUCGUCAGCCAGGAGAAUACGUCGACGAUGGCGGGCCGUGUCGCGUUCCGGCCGACGACAAGGCGAUCACAUCUGGGCCGCUGAUCAUCCCGCUCAACGCGGACGGCACGCCUGCGACCGAACGUUUGGCGGAAGCCAUCACGAAGCAGGAAGCCGACGCCGAGAAACACACGCCCAAGCCCACGUAUACCAACAUCUACCUGCCUUCCAACUACCGCGUGCGCAUCACGACCAUCCUGACUCUGCUCUGGCUCAGCCACUGCGUGCUUUUCCUUGCCGGGCUCGGUGUGCCGCUGUUCAUCGGCCGUGGUGUGACCCGUGUGCUGCGCGGUGGAAGCGGGCGAGAGGCAGGGCUGCAUGACUUCUACUCGUACGCUGUCGGGCUGAUGCUGCUGCUGGUGGCGGCGAGGCUGGUGAAGGGCGUGCGAAAGAUGUGGAAGCGCAGGAUCAAGCGCGCUCGGUGGGCGAGGACAACCCCAAGUGUGUACAUUGCCGUGCGCGUGCUAGUCGAGAUCAAGCGCGUGUUGAAGGCGGUGGUCCUGCUGGUAGGGGUGGCUGGUCUGCUGCCGUUGGUCGUCGGACUGCUCGUGGACCAAUUCGUGCUCGUCCCGCUGCGAUACAGGUCGACGCAGAUGCCCGUGCUGCACCUGGGUCAGAUCUGGGCCAGCGGCGUGAUCGAGGCGCGACUGCUGCUCUUCAGCGCACGCUUCUUCGGUGUGCCCGAAACCGGGGCUCUCGCGAGAUUCAUGUCCAACGUCGACCACGUUGUGCGCAGCGGUCUGUAUCCGCGGCCCAAAGUCAGGCUCGCGUGGAGGCGGAUCGUCCUGCCCGUCGCCGUGGCUGGCUCGGCGCUGCUGAUGGCGCCCGUGGGUGUCGCCUAUCUGCUGGCGAGCGCGAAUUGGGCGAGGGCGGACACGCGGGAGGAGGAGCAGCUGCUGUUGCGGAAAGUGUUUGGCGCGUUGCAGAGCGUCAUGUUGGUGGCAGGCGUGAGGGCGGUGGUGAGGAGGCGGAUGGAGAGCUGGACCGACUUGCUCAAGGAUGAAGUGUUUUUGGAGAGUACCGAGUUGAAGAACUUUGAGGUCCAAGAGGACGAGAGGAGGGGUGGCAAGGCGAAGAGCGAUGGUGACGGAGUGGAUGGAGCGCACGAUGAGUAUGCGGCGGAAGGUACGUUGCCUGACGUACUGUUCGUAUGA